AUUAUGGAUAAAGUAGAAUCAGAUUGUGUACUCUGUGUGUAGGAAGCAAACAUCAUUGGAUUAGGUCAUUGUAACCACAAAACAUUCUGUUAUCAAUGCAUGAUCAAAAUGAGAGUGAUAAGCAAAAUAACAAUGUGUCCCAUCUGCAAGUAAUAACUUGACAAGAUAAUUCUCACUGACAAUCUCAAUGCUCAAUUCGCAGACUUUUAAAUAAAUAAACUCAUACCAAUCACAUAUUCAGUAUGAUAUCGAUUUAUAUCACAUCUUUAGAAGGAAGCAAAGGACAUCUUUUAUACAGAUUCGGAGGAUAUUAAAUAGAAAGUGGAAAGUCUCAACAAUUUUAAAUGCCCAUUCCAAGAAUGCCAGAAUGAGUAAUUGAUGAACAAUUACAAUCAAUUACGAUUCCACCUGAAGGAUUAACAUCAACGAUAUUUUUGGUAUCAAUCAAUUACUUAUUCUUAGUGAUGUCUGUAUUGAAUAGAAGACCUGUUUUCUGGUAGAAUAAUAAGUGUAUACAGAAUAUUAACACCGUCAACAUUUACAACAUGGUGAUUAUGAUGAAGAUGGUAAUCUAAUCUUUAAACAUCCCUAUUGCAGAUAUUGCAAAAAACACUUUUACGAUGAAGACAAAUUCAAAUACCACUUGAACAUGGCUCACAUUAAUUGUAAUUUGUGUGAGAAUAGUAAGUUUGUAUUCUACAAGGAUCAUGGAAGCUAUGAAAAGCAUUUAAAACUUUCACAUCAUUUAUGUGAAGAGCAGGAGUGCAAAUAAAUGUUGGUAGUAUUCAAAAACGCAGGAGAACUUGACAUGCACAAGAGUUAAUGUCAUCGUAAUGAUCCAAGACUAAAGAAACCCAAUCAAUAUAAUAUUCAUUAAUUUGCUGGAUUUUAUGAUAAUCAAAAAUAAAAAGUACAAAACAAUGACAAUGAGGGAUUGGAUUUCAGCGAUCAAUUCCCAUCACUUAAAUAAACAAAUCUACGAGCUGUUGUUCAUCGUGAUUAACAUAAUGAUGAAAAAAUCGAUUUUAGAGACUUUUUAUAUGUUGAUUACAAUGAUGAAAUAGAUAAGCAAUCAGAUCAAAGUGAAAAACUCCAUUCUUAAUAAAAUGUUCAUUUAGAGGAUCUUCGUCUUGUCAAACCUGUAACUAUUCCAAACAUUAAUCAUGAUUACUUCAUUAGAAAAUGUACUUUCUUCUUGAGAAAUCAAAAAGGCAAAGAGGAUCAAAUUAGGAAAAUGAUUAGUAUGUUAGAAUAAGAGAGAUAUGAGCCUGAAAAUUUUGUGAGUGAUUUCAUUAGAUUAUUUGAAUUGAAAACAGGAUUAAGAUUGAUAACCUUCUAUAUGGCUAUGAGAGAGUUUAAGGAUAACAGAGAGUUAUGGAAGAAACUUGAUGAUGCUUAUUUUAAAGAAUUGCAGAGAUUGCCAAAAAAAAAUAAUUCAAUUAUUAUGUAAUGCAAAACUUACUCAGAAUUGUUUUUAAAAUUAUUGGAUGAAUUGAAUACCAAUCUGGCUUGUAGAAUUGAGAAGGGAGAACUUAAAAAUUAUGCUGAUACUACCAUGCCAAAAGAGAGAAUAUUUUAAUUUAUUGAAGUACUCAGACAUGUUAAAACAUAAGAGAUGGGUAAAUUCAAGUUUGCCUUAAAUUUUGGUUUGGUUCAAUAAGUAUUGGAGCACAUUAAAUAAAAGAUUUUAUUAGAUGAUUUCUCAAACAUUUAAUGUACUUAUUUAAUUUAUAAUUAGAACAUAUCUCAAAGAUUAGCAAUCAUGAUCUAGUUCCUUUCUAUCUGUAUGUUAAUUUAAGCUCAAAGAUUUUAAAAGGAGAAUAAAUUCAUAAAGAAUAAAAGGAUGUCAAUGAAUGUGUAUAUUUGGAAUACUUCUAAAAAAAUCCAAUAUUAUUCAAUCUUAUUUCAAAACCUGAAGUAAUUGAAUCCAACAAAUAAUAAUUAUUGUAAAAGUUCCCAAAAAGUUAAUAAGGAAAUGGUUUAGAAAUGAAUGCAUUUGAUUUUCCAUCCUUACGUAAUUAUAAUCAUCAAUUUGUAGCAAAGGCACCAAAAAAAGAACAAACCAUAGAAUAAUUCAAAGUUAAGACUGUUGAACCUUAAAAAUAAUAAUAGUAGGAGAAGAAAUAAAAAUAGAACACCCAAUCUAAAAAAGGGAAAUGGGAGGAUAGUGGAGCUGCUAUAUUUUAAUAUUAAGCCGCAUAAGAAGAUUCCUUCCCUACUCUUCCAUCUCAACCAAGUAUCAAUUUCUAACUAUCAUCAGCCGAAAUAAAACCUAAACAGGUAACCAAAGUAACUGGAACAUUUGUCGAGGAUGAAAGUUUUGUACCACUUACUACUUACUAGCCAGUUAGAAAUCUAGAAGGAACAGAAUGGGAUUCAAAUCCUAUAGUGCCAGUAAUUUAUUUGUGUUAACAAAAUAUAGAAAAAAAACUCGUAAAUGAAGGAAGUUGCCAAGAUAAAGAAGAAAAAUAAGACUAUAGUGUAAAUAUCAGGUGGAUUUUGUUGA